AUGGACGACGAACUGAGGGACCCCGAGUAUCAAAAUUUUGUAUCAAUUUAUCGAGGGUUUGCGUACGUAGGUGAAAAGUUGGAACCUUAUACCAAAGAAGGACUAGAUACUGUCUAUCAAAAGAUAUAUGGGAUCGCCGCAGGAUAUCAUGUUUGCCAGAAGAAGUGCAGUGAAACUUUUAAGUGUCGAUUUUCCAGAUGGUGUGGAACUUGUAAAAUUUGGCGCAGAGAAUUGCUCAAAACAAGAAGGUAUCCGAAUAUUUUAUGGGAGCAAACAGAGUCCUGGAAAUGGCAACAUGCAUAUGAGAACAUUGCGGAAGUGUACCUUCCUGGUAACUGGCAAAAUGGCAGUCUCAACUUCAAAGAUAUAUCAACUGCAUGCUUCAUAUGGGAGAAUUGUGCAGAAGAGUUUAAUCUACGACCAUUCAUAAUCAAGAAAAUACGACAAUUCAGGAAUGAGUAUUUUGCACACAAUUCUUCAUUGAAAGCAUCAGCUACGGAAAAGGCGAAAGUGUUCGAUGUUCUUAAAGAUUUGUUGAAGGAUCCAGAUGUGAAAGGUAAAAUCAAUUUUCAAGAGUGCAUGGCUGGUAUCACAAAAAUCGAAGAGGGAUAUCAAAUAGAGAAAUGGAUGACUGAAGUACAGAACCUUCUUAAAAAGCAUGAUCUGACAUUACAUGACUUACAAAAAGGACAGGAAACCCUUAAAGAAGGUCAAAAGCAGUUACAAAGAGGCCAAGAAAACUUACAAGGUAUUCAAAGACAGCAACAUGAAUUACAGACUGGUCAGCACAGUUUAAAAGCUGUUGUUACUGACGUACAAAUAAGUCAGGUAAAUACUGAAGAAGGUCAGAAAAGCUUGAAAGAUGGUCAAGAAAACUUGCGAAAAGGUAUACAAGACUUGAAAGAAAAUCAUGAAAAAACGCAAAAAGAAAUAGCUACUUUUAGGGAAGAUUUGAAAAUUCUUUUAGCAGAGCACCACUGUAAAAAGAAAUCAGUAAAGAAUCUUUAUCAGAAUAAAGCUUGGGUGACUUUAUUUCUGUUCUUUAUAGUAUCACUGUUGGCAUUGUCGGCUAUCUUUCUACGAGAACCGACGGACAAGCUUAUAGUACAGUCUGAAAGAGAAUGUGUGUCAGAGCAAUACAGUAUUCCUUUCCCGCAAGAUCUCCCCCUGCUUGGAUAUAUCAAUGAACACAAAUCCAUUGGUCGUUUAUGGCUAAUGGACCAGCUUGAAAAUGAAUUGAUCAGUUCAGAUAGAACUAAUUUGAGUGGUAUUGUUCUUGUUGCUGAAAUGGGAUAUGGAAAGUCAGCAUUUGUCUCAAACUUGUUAUGCCCAGGAGAAACGGAAAAGGCGAAACGCAUUCAAAAGCAUAUUGUUGCAUUUCAUAUAUGCAAUUAUGAUGUAAUGAGUACAAGAUGUGCUGAACGGUUUAUUAGGAGGCUAGUUGGAUUUUUUGCAAUGAAAAGUGCAGAAUAUGGUAACAUUAUAUCUAUGUUGCCUGAAAAGUCAAUUCUGUAUAAUCGAGAGAGUUGUGAGAAAGAACCAGAGGCCUGCUUUGAUCAAGGUAUAACUUUACCUCUGAAACAACUGUCAGUCGCUAAAAAUGAUCCCUGGCUAGUAGUGGUUGAUGCACUUGAUGAGUGUGAGACUUCUGGAAGUAAUCCAAUAUUAAAACUUCUUUCCAGUAGAGCUAAACAGCUUCCUAAAUGGCUUAAACUCUUGAUCACUUCGAGAAACAUCAGUUCACUGAAGUCGCUAAAGAAACUGAAAUUCGAGUAUCUUUUGUCAAAUGAUUCAAGAAAUAUUGACGACAUUAAAUCGUUCAUCCAGGAUUCAUACCCCACAACAAGAUUAACAUCCAAACCCCAGAUAAUAGAUAGUCUAAUAAAUAAAAGUGAAGGGAAUUUCAUUUAUGUAGUUCAGGCAUUAAAAUGGAUUAUGGACAACGAAGAUAUUGAUGACAUUCCAAAUUUGCCAAAUGACCUUGGAAAUAUAUAUGAAAUGAACUUUGAAAGACAGUUUAAAGAUCAAGCUGCUUUUGAUAUACCAAAGGCAAUAUUAGAAAUAGUCUGUUCAACGUUAAGUCCAGUAACAAGGAAUGACAUUUACGCUAUUUUAAAGUUUGAUCAAAUUGUACCUAAUGUAGAGGACUUCGAUCAUCAUUUUCAUUCCUUAGAAUAUUUUUUGAGAAUGGAAAAAGAUGUGCGUGUAUCCCACCAGGCAUUGUUUCAGUGGUUGAUUUGUAAACAAAAUCAGUAUUUUGGUAUUUCGUUGCAGCAAGGACAUUCUCUGAUAUCGCGAUAUAUGUUCAGAACCAUAGAUGGCAGUUACGAUGACGAUCUUGUUGAUUUGACAAUACAUGUUGCAGACUCAGCUGAUUCCACUUUGAAAAAACUGUAUAUUUCAUCUAAGUUUUAUGACCGAGACAUUCUAAAGGAUAAAGCCGUGUUACAUCGGCUUAUUUGGAGAACGUCAUCGGUGAAAGCUCUGGAGUUACUGUUACAUCAUUAUUCAGAUGUGAACAUAAAGAACAAAGGUAACGUAACUCCCGCGUUUGUUGCUGCGGCAAAGGGUCAUAUUGAACAGCUUAUUCUUUUACAAGAGAAGGGUGCAAGUAUAGAUUUUAGAGUUAAAGGGAAUUUUCUUAUUCAUUGCGAAACUGAUGAUGUUUUCAGAGUUAUCGAAAUGAUGAAAAACGUUUACUACUCGGGUUACGGACUUUUGCAUGUUGCAGCCCAGCAUGGACAUGUUUCUAUCGUUCGUUACAUUUUAAAUCAUAACACGUCUCUGUUACUUCGGAAAAACACUGUGGGCUUACACGCUGGUCAUGUUGCAUGCGAAAAUGGGCAUCUUAAUAUUCUAAUUGAAAUGUCUAAAGUAAAUCAAAACAUUUUAACAGGUAAAUGUUUAUACUAUGCCGCAAGAAAUAAUCAUCUACACAUCGUUAAAUGGUUGACUGAAAAUGGUGUUAAAUUAAAAUGUAUUUCAAACGAACAGUCAAGAAAAGCUGCAAAUAAAAUAGCUAACGUCAACGCAAAUCUACUACGUGAUCAUGAUAUGAUAUUUCCUCAGGAUAUCUUUAAAAUUAGAUGUUGCUAUAUGAAUCCUAUAGAUGAAUGGUGGAUCGUUUAUAAAACAACCCCCCUUCUAGCAGCAAUUAUCACUGGAUCAAGUGACACAGCACGUUAUCUUAUUCACACAUUUCCUGCGUCACUGGAUUGUAUUGAUGUAUAUGGAUAUACAGCAGCACUAACAAGCGUCAUACAUAAUGAUUUAGAUUUGCUGCCUCUUCUAGCAGAAAGAUUGAUAACCGACAAAUGUGAAAAUACACCAGAACACUUGCAACUUCUAAAGGGAAUUGGUAAUUUGAAAGAGAGUAAUGCUGCAAUCAUAAGUAGUACGCCUUGUUCAGACGGGGAAACUUUUGCACAUAUUGUGGCAUUAAAAAAUUUAGAAGACAUGAUAUCGUAUGCGAUGAAGAACCAGCUUGAAAUCAAGUGGAAUGAACCGGACCGUUUAGGGAAUUUCCCUAUACAUUAUGCAGUUUCGAAGAAGAACUGUUUAUUCAUAUACUUAAUUGAAAAACUUGGAUGUUUAUAUACUAAUAUUAGAGCACAAAAUGGUUCAACCAUUUAUCAUACUGCUGCAAUGACAAAGGGACUUGUAAGUUUUUACUCAGUAACAGAGUCAUUAAAAAAAUGUAUACCUGAUUUGAAAGAUUAUCAUAACUUGGGAGUAAUACAUUAUUUAGUGUCAAUAGAGUACAAUGCAUUACAGGGUCGUUGUGAUAUGGAUUCACAGCUCGAGUCGUUAUUGAUAUUUCGGUUUCUUGUGGAACAAUGUAAUCAUGAUGUUUUGUCAGUUGAUGAUAAGGGCAGAAAUUUGCUUCAUUAUGGUGUUAGAAAUGGACAUUUUAGCAUUGUAAACUAUUUAAUCAGAACCAAUCCAACAGCUGUUAAAAGAAUGUUAAAUAUAAGAGACAAGAACGAGAUGGAUCCUAUCACAUUUGCUAUAUUGGAAUUAAAGAUGGAUUCAGGAAAUUUAUUAGUUCCAGAAUGCAAAUUUUACAAUAUUUUUAACAGUACGGAGUGUUUGAAAAUGAAGGACGCUUUUAUGACAUCAAAAGAACUUAGCAUCUUGUAUUUGUUAGAAACGUUGUCAGCACCAGAAUUUCGAGAAUUGAUCGAACCGAACCUGGUAUAUUUUAUUGAAAAAAGUCCCUAUCUAAUGACUGCGAUUUUGUGGUAUCAUAAAUCAAUGGAUGUAAAUAUAUUGAAAUCGGCGCUUGGUUAUAAUUAUCAACAAUGGUAUAACGUAAAGUUGUCACAUCUAACUAUAGCGCGCCAUAAACCAGGCGUUUUUCAUGCUUGUGGAAAAGCAUUAAAAGAAUCUCCGUUGCACCAUUUAUUGCUUAAUAUAGAUCAUAAAGAUACUGCAUUUAGUGAGGAAAAUGGGGAUGAAUUUUUACGCUUACUGUUUAAAAGGCACAAAAGUUUUUUUAAUUGUGAGGAUGAUCGGGGUUUUAACAUUUUCCAUUAUUCGCUGAUUGGAGGUAAUAUACAGACGGCAAGAAUUCUAAUGAAGAACACUAUUACCAUGCUAACUAAGAAAGUUACUGUGAAAGACAUAUUUGUGAUGGCCUUAUCCUCGCGGAUAAGGGAAGCAAAUGAAAAUUUUGAAAAAUGUGGGGAUAAGUUUUCAUUUUCAGAUCAAAAAAGCUGCACUGAUCUGUUCUUAUAUGAAUUCUUCAUAGCGAAUAUAAGGAAGUUCGAGUCGGAUGAUUUUUGUGCAAAUGGAUCUACAGAGUUGUCGUUAGUGCACUUGCUAUCUGCAAAUGGAAUGAUUCGUACAUUGCGGUUUGUAAAUAAUGCUUUUGGAAAUGGAAUUUUUGAGUGUAGAAACAAAGAUGAUUUAACGCCUUUGUAUUUAAGUAAGCUUUUUAAGGAAGAAAGUGUUGCAACAUUUAUUGAAGAUAAAGUCGAACUGAAAUAUCCGCUAACAAAAUCAGAAGAAUGGCUUCUCUGGUCAAUGCUUUACGGAUUUCCUCAGACGGAUCUUCAUUGUCAUGUAAGUGCUGUGUCAGGGACAAUAUACAAUUUUAGGCAAGUUAUAAAUGACAUUCACUGCAUCGAAAGAUUACUGGGGAAUUAUUCGAAUAUAAUCACAGAUUUAUAUCUAAAUAAAAAAGGCGAUUAUUCCGAAAGCAUGAAUGCAAUGAUAGUAGCUAUUCGUUCUUUUCAGAAUGUGUAUUACACUAAGAAUAUGACCUUGAUGAAUUGUCGUUUCUAUGAGCGAUUAAGAUCUAUGUAUGACUUACACUUCAGAACUGUUGUAUAUAAAGUUAACCUUUUUUUAACCCUCAAUUUAGACAAAGACGCUUUGUCAUUGAACAAAGCGUGGAGACAAUUAGUUCAACUCCGUAGUCAUACCAUUUUUUACCCCUUAGCUGAACACAUUUGUUUAAAUGGCGAUACGACUAUUUUAGAGUGGAAGUUUGGGUAUGCAUUUCAAAUGUCUGCCAAGAUGUUAUCCAUAUUGCACAAAUGUUACAUAGACAACGCUGUAGAUGUGUUUUUUAAAUUAAAGAAAUCUGUUAGAAUAUCAGUGCCGAAUGAAUUUAGCUUUUUACACUCGAGGAUGGGAGAAUUCAAAUUCACUUCACCUGUGACUUUCAAGCUACCUCCUUUAAUCGCAACUGAUAAUACUAUGCUUUAUAACUAUAGGCAUCUUAAUGUAAUAAAAGCAACACUGGCUUAUAAGCGUUUGAAUAAAAAGUUAGAGAUUGAUUAUCCGCAAGACUUUUCUAAAUAUAAAUUCCAUGAACUGCACCCAGCAGUUUUAAAGAAUCCGUUUGUCGAUUUUGAGGACAAACUGCGUGAAACAAAGUACUGGCCUAGCAGUUCUGUCCAUAGCAAUAUUUGCUUAUGGAUAGAAAACUAAGAUUUAAGAUAAAAAGAUGAAAAAAGAAAGUUUGUACAUGAGGAGUUGCAAGUUUAAAAAUAUCACUAUUAUCUUCUGUACAUACUCUGUUUUUUGUUGUUGUUGUUGUUUGUUUUUUUUUUUUUUUUUUUUUUUUUUUUUUUGUAUUAUCAUUUUGUAUAUAUAGUAUUUUUGCAUAUGUUUUAUCAUCACUUUGUAUAGUAUCUUUGCAUGUGUUUGUUUAUAUUAUCACUUUGUAUAGAAAUUCAGUGUAUAUUCGUUCAUAAAAAGCAGAAAGUUUAAUAGACUUCAUUAUCAAGAAAUUUUCCUUCUGUUUUUAUUGACCGAUUAGUGUUGAACCAGGAAAAUGUAAUUACGGUUAAAGUAGAAUUAAACUUGACCACAUAGACCUUACAUUAUAUAUAAAAACAAAAUUAUGACAAUGUUUUUAUGUUGGCAUAUGUCUGCCAAGAGAUAGCUAGGCAGUUAUCACGAUAACUUGUAAACUUUCCAGGAAAUUUGUGUAUUUCUUCUGAAAGCAUUUCAGCAAUAAAUAAAUAAUAUUUUCUAGAUAUUUUUAUUUAUUUCCUGCAAAUGUUUUAGCACAAAAUUUCGCGUUAAUGCUUGGAAAUGCCACGAG